AUGGAUAAAAAUGGAGAAUCAAUCUUCACUUCAGAGUUCUGGAGAGAGAUAAAUGAACAAUAUUUCAUCGUCUAAUCUCCAGUUUAAAUCGCAGAUAUUGAUAUUCUAAAAAGCAAAUGUAUUGUUAUUCUCAAUCAAAGUAGCUUGGAAUUGCAAAAAAUCAAAAUGUCUAAAACUUCUAAAUAAGUUAAUUAGGUAGAACAAUCGAACAAAGCUGUUCCAAGCAAACCUGAAUAAUGUAAAAACGAGAGUGCAAUUGCUAUUCCUGCAGAGACAAUCAAUAUAGGAACCCAUUUAAAAUUUAAUGGAUGAAAUGAUAGACUAGGUUUGUUUCUCUCAUUUGACAGCUGGAUUAUAGCAAGCCGAAGAAUUAAUAAAAAAUAUAUCUCAAUCUUCAGAAUCAUAGCAAUUGUAGAUUUACAAUAAAGAAGCAAGUUUAUUAUCAAAUCUGAUGCAUCAAAUUGAUUGGCCGGAUGAGUUAAGUAUUUCUAUAGAGCAACAUCAGCAAUAACUCAAUGAACUGACCAGCAUUAAUAAGGAUGCAUUGCAGAGGUAUUCAAAAUACAAUCUAUUUUAGUCUGGAAUAACACACUCAUUAGAUAAACUUAACUGUAUUAUACACAUACAAUAGCCAACAAAUUGGAGAACAAAAAUUGAAAUUGACUAGAUAAAGAAUGCCAAAUUAUCAACACGAAUUGAAUUUGUUAAAAUCACAAAUCAUAUCAUUGCAAGAUUAUUAAUUGGCUGAAAGUGUUGCCAAGGCAAUCUUCAAUGAAUAUAGUAAUUAUCAAAUUAUACUCCUCAGAUAAUACCAUUACUGUCAUCUUAGAUAAAUACUUGACAUCAAUUCCAAUUACUUUAAGCUUAGAGGAAUUUGGUAAUCUCCAGAAAUUAAGAGAGCAACCAUAUGAUUUAUCAACUUAGCAGUGCGGACUCAGGUCAGAUGUAUAUCAAAGAGUAUGAUUGUAGGAUGUAUUUGAAAUGUAAAUGUGCCAUUAUUGUAAAGAGAUGGUCGAAAUCAAAAAUCUGAAAUAGUGUCAAUAUAAUCAUUUUUCAAUGGGACUCCAUGAAUACAAUGAAGAUUUUUUGGUUUGCUAAAGAUAUUAAAUAAAUAGCAAAUAAACGCAAUAAUAUUUUCUAGAUCUGUAUUCUGAAAAUUACGUCAUUGAAGGUAAUGGGAUCAUAAACUAUCCUAGAUUAACAAAUUAUGUGCCAAAGAUACUUUUGCUUAAAAUGUUUAAAGUAUGAUUUUGAUUCCUAUGAAAUUACAUCUUAUCUAUGGAUUUGUCCCCUUUGCAAAGUAUUAUUUCAUCUAUGCAUUUAGGGUUUGUGCACUUGCACACGAUGUGAAAGAAAUGACAUGAUUUAUAAGUUAAAAAGACAAUUCUUAGAGUUAAAUGGAGAUUUGGAGGAAAUUUACAAAUCAUCAUACUUCGAGAGUUUGGUCAAAGAGAAAAGAAAAUAAUUGUCAGAAAUCCCUUUGGAGUUCUUAAAAGUUUAUAAGAACGAGUAAGAAGAAACACUAUCAUAAAAGAGUAAUAAAAGAUAAUUUCAAGUAAAUUCAAUAAGGAGGAAGAUUAAAAAAGAGGAUUCCCAUCUAGUUAAUAAAUGUCAUAAACUAUAUUAAUUAGAAAGCUCAUCCUCUUCACUGAAAAUAAAGAGAUCAAAAGAAACAACAUAUAAUACAAUUAGUAGUAUAGAUUCAAUCCAUUCACAAUUGUAUAUUUAAUGA